AAACCACUGAAAAGACAGGGUUAAGAACACAAAGUGAGCUGCACACCAUAUAUGGAGAAACCCGUUUCUUAAAACUAGUGAUGAACUCAUGCUCUGUUCUGUUUUCUCAAAGCUGAAGUCGGCUAGGUUUGCAAAGCUGUGGGCUGAGCACUCAGGCAAUCACACUCUCAGAAACUGCGGCGGCUCUGGACUGCAGCCUCCCAAAGCUCCAUGCCAGACAAAGCAUGCGUGUCACACUUGCUACAAUAGCCUGGAUGGUUUCUUUUGUCUCCAAUUAUUCACACACAGCAAAUAUUUUGCCAGAUAUCGAAAAUGAAGAUUUCAUCAAAGACUGCGUUCGAAUCCAUAACAAGUUCCGAUCAGAGGUGAAACCAACAGCCAGUGAUAUGCUAUACAUGACUUGGGACCCAGCACUAGCCCAAAUUGCAAAAGCAUGGGCCAGCAAUUGCCAGUUUUCACAUAAUACACGGCUGAAGCCACCCCACAAGCUGCACCCAAACUUCACUUCACUGGGAGAGAACAUCUGGACUGGGUCUGUGCCCAUCUUUUCUGUGUCUUCCGCCAUCACAAACUGGUAUGACGAAAUCCAGGACUAUGACUUCAAGACUCGGAUAUGCAAAAAAGUCUGUGGCCACUACACUCAGGUUGUUUGGGCAGACAGUUACAAAGUUGGCUGCGCAGUUCAAUUUUGCCCUAAAGUUUCUGGCUUUGACGCUCUUUCCAAUGGAGCACAUUUUAUAUGCAACUACGGACCAGGAGGGAAUUACCCAACUUGGCCAUAUAAGAGAGGAGCCACCUGCAGUGCCUGCCCCAAUAAUGACAAGUGUUUGGACAAUCUCUGUGUUAACCGACAGAGAGACCAAGUCAAACGUUACUACUCUGUUGUGUAUCCAGGCUGGCCCAUAUAUCCACGUAACAGAUACACUUCUCUCUUUCUCAUUGUUAAUUCAGUAAUUCUAAUACUGUCUGUUAUAAUUACCGUUUUGGUACAGCACAAGUACCCUAAUUUAGUUCUUUUGGACUAAUACAAUUCAGGAAAGAAAAAAACCCAAAAACCAACCUUAUUCAUGUAUGGCUUUUUUUAAACCAAUAACAAUUAGGUGUACUUCUAUUUUAAAACAUUUCAGAAAAAAAAUAUGUUAUAGCAAUACUCUUACUCAAAAGAAGAAAUUUCCUAACUCUAUCAAUCAGAUAAACUCAUCUUUACUAUAAAUAAGCAUUACUUGCAGGUUGCCACAGGUGGACUUUUAGUAAGUAACCUAACCCAUGUUUCAGCUUCUAAAUCUGCAAAAUGAGCAAGGUACAGUAGCACAUUUUUAGGUGAUUCUUAGUAACUCCAGUAGCCUUCAUUAGUUAAAAACAUUAUUUUUUGCAUGCUGCUUCGACUCUAAAUAUCUGGUUUUCCCUGUCUUUUUGGUUUACCACUUCCCCAGAUUCAGAACAGAGGAGUAACUAGGGGAUCUGAUUUUAGAGGCCUUAAUUUUCUGUUCAUGGACUGUUAAAAGUAAAACCAAAUUUUCAAAAGGGAUAAACCUAAAUAUUUACUUGUUAUCAUCAGAGAGGGAACAUCAAAUGCUGGGACAUCAUUACUAACCAAUAGCAUCAGACACUGGAUUUAAUGGAUAAUCACAAUGGUCGUAAUGUAUACAAAGACAUAUAUACCACUUUCUAGUAUAAAUUUUUCAAAAAAUACAAUAAUAUAAUUUAUAAAGAACACUCUUUAUGAACAACCACCACCACCAAAAAAAAAAAAAAAAAGCCCUCAGAAAAUUUCUCACAAAUAAGGCAACUAAUGCCUGGUAUCUCAAAAUCCUUUACAAAAGGAGAUAGAUAGUUCUAGUCAAGGAGUUUUGGGUAUGUUACUUUUUUUUCUUCUUUUUCUUUUCAUCUGCCUCCAUCUUAAGCGCAAUUUCUUCAGCUGUAAGAGCUCCCAGUUUCUUAUUCUUUGCUUUCUUAACCUUUUCCUUGAUGCUGGCCACAUCAAUUUUAGUUUCAGUAGAAGCUAGACAAAUUAAAAGCACAACACAUGUAAUACUUUAGAUUUUACCAAGUAAAAUGAAGAAUAUAUGUUUAAGGCAGUAACUUCAGAGUACUCUUAUCAGAGCACUCUUAUAAUUGAAUAACUGAAAGAUCACAGUAUAAAAUAUAAAAACACUUGCCUAAAGCAGUUAGAAAUUUCUUCAGACUAAGAUAAAACAAAUCAUAAAAUACUUUAUAUAGUAGUACAAGUAUACAUAAAAGUGGCAUAAAUGGCAUAAUUGAACCAAUUACUGGAUUCAACUAUAUUAAGACUAUUUCCUUAAAUCCUACUUCAGACUAAAUUAUUUUACCUACAUUCUUUUCCAUAUUUUGGAACCAUAUUUUGGAACUUUUGAGUCCUCAUUAUUUUCCAUCUUGCACAUUAAAAUAAUUUAAAAUUACAUGUAUCCCUUCUCAGUAAGUUUAAUCAGCUAACCCUAAGCUAGAGGUCAAAAUCUACUUCCUCUAAUAUCAAAACCAAAAUUUAAAGUUUUCCAAAUAUUAAUUCAAUAUUAAUUGAAUAGUCAAUGAAUUAAUUCAUUUAAUAUUAGAUUAAUUCAUUGAAUAUUAAUAAUAUUAGAUUAAUUCAUUGAAUAUUAAUUUGAUGAAUGACUAAUAGUAUUUUAACAAGAUUUUGGUAUAUUUAACAACAUUUUGGUAAUAAAGACAAUAAUUUGGGAGUAUUUGGAAGUCCCUCUAAUAGAAGCCAACUAUCUAAUCAAUGCCAAAAGUGUGAACAAAAUAGAGAAAGGAAGCAGUGAAAAAGAAUGCAACUUUUUCUUACCAUUCAAAGUACAGGAUCACAGCAUAAAAGAAUCAUAAGAUAAGGCCGGGCGCGGUGGCUCACGCCUGUAAUCCCAGCACUUUGGGAGGCCGAGGUGGGCGGAUCACGAGGUCAGGAGAUCGAGACCACGGUGAAACCCCAUCUCUACUAAAAAUACAAAAAAUUAGCCGGGCGCAGUGGCGGGCGCCUGUAGUCCCAGCUACUCGGGAGGCUGAGGCAGGAGAAUGGCGUAAACCCGGGAGGCGGAGCUUGCAGUGAGCCGAGAUUGCACCACUGCACUCCAGCCUGGACGACAGAGCGAGACUCAGUCUCAAAAAAAAAAAAAAAAAAAUCAUAAGAUAAAACAUCAUAAUGUACAAACUACCUAGCAACCUGAGAAGCACAGAGUGUUAAAGCCUCCACCGUGUGGAGAAACUAAAUUAGGGUAACUAGCUAUUGAGUACCUUCAAAGCACUCAACUGACAGGUUGUACAAACUGGAAAUUAUAAUAAUACUUACGACAUUUCUACCUUUUAUAUAACCAAUAAUCUACCAUAGAAUAUAGUAUUUUUAAAGCUAUUAACAAACAAUAUAUUAAAAUAAUAAUGUAUUAUAUCUGUUUCUGACCAAGUCUACGUACAAUAUUGCUGGUGAGCCCUCUCCCUUCAGUGUGUCACUGUUCACUUUGGAGGGUUACUUUAGGAAGAGGACAAGUGUUACCACAGGGGAAAAAAAAUGCAGAAGAGGAUGCAUCAGAAGAAAUGAAGAAAUGGCAUGAGAAUGUUUUCUCUUAGUGUCUUUUAAAUACUAGGUUAGUGCGAAAGUGAUUUCUGCCAUUUAAAAACCACAAUCACUUUCGCACUAAUAGCUCCUGAAUAAGACCUGUCAGCAUCCUUUAGUCUAAGGUGAUGAGAAAUCCAUGUUACCAAUAUAGAAGCCAAACUCUAAGGCAAGAUCACAUAAAGAGAAGAAAAAGUACAACUUCUGAUAAUUCCUCUUUGAGAGGCAUGACAGCAGAGCUCAGGGAUCUUCUUGCAUUUCUACAGAAGAUGCACUGGCUGCCCUGGGUUUGUAUCUUUCACAACAAAGAGUCUUUUCCAAGCACAGACCAGAGGUCAGGAGAGGAUUGUCAAUCCAGUUUGCACUGAAAUAGGCAUUAGCUGCCUCUGAAUUAUAAAUUAUCUCAGCCAUCCCUUGUCCUUAGGAUUCGUAAUUAAUGAAAUGCUAAGAGAACUGAUGAAAAGAUACAACUGUUUCUUAAAGAGAUUCAGACAAAUUUACUAUGGGUUUACUUUGCCUAAUUAAUAAAGACUUUUACAUCAUAGAAAGCAUUACCUUCCUUAGGUUUCACAGUUGGUUUUUCCUUAGGUGGAAUAAAUGCUUUGUUUCUUUCCUCUUGUCUCUUACUGAUGGCUUCUGCUUGUUUAGCCUACAUUAAUAAAUAAAAAAUACAUCAGUUAAA